AGUCGAAAGCCGGAAACGGAGAACAUGUGUCCUCUGGAGUUUAUGUUUGUAACUUCAAGCUAAUAUAAACUGUUAAGAUAAAAUUAAACGCCACAAUGAACAGCUGUGGAAGAAUAGCCUGUAGUAACUGGAGGUCCGGCCUGAACACCGUCUCUUCUCUGGUCAGACCGCGGAAAAACUGGCGCCGGUGUCUGGAGGCAGCUCCGUCCCUCAGCCGGAGCAACACCACCGCCGCUAAACAGGCUCCAAGCUCUGAUCCAGGUUCCGACACGAGAGAGAAACCCCGCCUGAGGGCGAUCGACCUGGCCCGGAAGGUUCAGCAGGAGAAGACGAAGCCUCAGACGGAGGAGCCUCAGCUGUCCGGGCAGCAGAAGAGGGUGAUGGAGCUGAAACGGUUCAGUCUGCAGCUCCAAAAUGUUCAUCCCAACGUGCUGGCCAAACACCUGCACAGAAACCUGCUGUACCAGGACAAAGACGUGGUUGUCAUCAACAAACCCUAUGGUGUCCCUGUCAGAGAUGACUCCAGGGUCACGUCCAUCUCCUCUGUGCUUCCUGUUCUCGCCCAAAUGAUGGAUGGGCUGAAGAUCAAGUCUGACUCUCAGCUGCUCCCCUGUCUGAAGCUGGAGAAGGAAACGACAGGAGCUCUCCUGCUGGCCAGGAGGGAAGAAGUAGUGGAGCACAUCCUCAACCUUCAAAGAAAUAACCAAGUGCAGAGAAAGUACUGGGUUAUCACAGUCGGUGUGCCUGUUCCAUCUGAAGGAGUGAUUGACAUCCCCAUCAUAGAGAGAGAGGUCACAGGUUCUAAGCCACACUACAAGAUGGGUCUAAGUCCUCUUUACAGAAUGAAUGAUGCAGGCGACGGUGUGACCAAAGUCCGCGCCCAUCGGCAAGCCCACGCUGCAGUGACCAAGUACAGAGUGUUGGACAGCAGCAGUGGUUGCAGCCUCGUGGAGCUCCAGCCUUUUCCUGGAGUGAAGCACCAGAUGAGAGUUCACAUGGCACUCGCUCUGACAUGCCCCAUUCUUGGUGACCACAAAUAUUCCCACUGGAGCAAACUGGCACCUCAGAAAUUACCAGAACGUGUGCUGGGAAAGCUCGGACUGGAACAGAGCAAGAUCCGCCAUCUUCCUCUUCACGUGCACGCUCGACAGCUGACGCUUCUAGGAGCCAAACAAGCCAACAUCAGCGUGUCGUGUCCCUUGCCUAAAUACUUCUCACAAGCAUUGCAUCGACUGAAUUUAACACUGCCUGAUAAGGAGGACGAUAAAUAACCACAUCGUUCCUUUUUUGUUGAAUUCUUUGCAAUCCAAGUGACGUUGAAAUGUCGUUGGAAUCAGCUGUGACGGAUUCAGACUGCAUCACAAAGUAUAUUAUGUGUCCCGUUAAAAGUUAAAUGGGAGCUCAAGCUUGGUUACUGUGAGGUUAUGUAGAAUUAU